UGAAGUGGUUCGAUGCCUCAUGAGGCUCAUCACUAGUGGUGACUAAAGGUUUUUAAGCACGAAUGGACUUAAAAAACGGCAUUAAUAUGGGAACUGUGGGAGAAUAAAACGCGAGGGUGGCAGUUAUGGAUGCCAACUACCGUAAAACCUCAUCGUAGAAGAAGAAGGCCUUAUCCGGUUUUUUGAUUACGUCAUUUCCGGGAAAAAUUAAGCGAAUGCUACCGAUGAUACAAAAUAGUAAAUUAACUGCCGAUAGCUUUGAGCUCAUUGAAGAUGUUUGGUUCACUUAGUCGAUACGAGGUCUAUUAACUCGCAGUGUUGCGGCGGCUUCAUUUCGCGGGUCGUCUCUCCCGGGACACCUGUCCUGUCACACAUGUUUGGGGCCGCUCAUUGUUCAGCCAUGCGCUCGCGCUCCGCUCUCACUCGUCUUCUGGGUUGCGGCUCGCUCGCGAAAGGGACCACAGCUAAGCGUACGUUUCGUUUCCCUCCUAGUAUUUACGGUUAUGUGGUUUUAUGUGUUCGUUUCUUGGAGCUUAUUAUUGUCUGCCGUGGUCCGCGUCACAGCGGCGGUCUACAGAAACCGCCCUUCGUUGGGUUUUAAUACGUAAUUAGCUCACGGAGCAAGCUAACCAACCGGCGUGUUUUGAGGAAACGUCUUUUUUUCUUUCUUUCUCAACGCCAUUUAACUCGAUGUUGUUGUUGCCUUGACCCGGGCAGUGGACUCUAUUAACUGACAACGGCUCGUCAUCGUCCAUUACCGUUUCCUUACCCGGCAAGGAGCCGGAGCGUUCAUCUCCUGGUCUGUUUUUGUUGUUGUUUUUUUGCCUGCCACGAUGGCUUCUUCCUCUGCAAACGACGACGACCUCACCAUCCCCAGAGCAGCCAUCAACAAGAUGAUUAAAGAGACUCUCCCGAACGUGCGAGUGGCCAACGACGCCAGGGAGCUCGUGGUCAACUGCUGCACGGAGUUCAUCCACCUCAUCUCCUCCGAAGCCAACGAAAUAUGCAACAAGUCCGACAAGAAGACCAUCUCUCCUGAACACAUCAUCAACGCUCUUGAGAGCCUGGGUUUCGCCUCGUACAUCACGGAGGUAAAAGGCGUCCUCAUGGAGUGUAAAACGGUGGCUCUGAAGAGGAGGAAGGCCAGCUCUAGACUGGAGAACCUGGGGAUCCCAGAGGAAGAGCUCCUCAGGCAGCAGCAGGAAUUGUUUGCCAAGGCGCGGCAGCAGCAGGCGGAGCUCGCCCAGCAAGAGUGGCUCCAGAUGCAGCAGGCCGCCCAGCAGGCACAGAUGGCAGCGGCGUCCGCCAGCGCCGCCCAGCAGGCCAGCUCCUCUCAGGACGAAGACGAGGAGGAUGACCUGUGACUCCCAGGACUCCGCUCCUCCAGGAUCCCCCUCCUGGGACCCCGCUGGCACACGACUCCCUCGGUGCGGUCAUUGGCAGAGCCUCGAUGCGGGUUUGACCGCUGCCUUACAUCCGUGUAACAUGGCUAAUGCACAUCGGACUGGACACUGAAUAGAAAGAUGACCGCGGUGUUCAAGACGGCCUCACUCGCGUUCAGGCACCGGAACCUGAAAAUGAUUUGGAUCGAGAGGCUGCAGAGUUUUCGCUGAGCCUCUCCCUCUUUUCCUCCCCCAGAUGCUUCUGUUUCAUUCAAUCUUGAUAUUUUGUUGUGAGUGAUUUGUAGAUCUCUGGAUGUGUUGUGGACGCUGAGGGCAUUGCCCGGAAUAUGUCGUUGAAUUUUGGUGAUGUUGCAACAAGUGUUCGGACCCGCGGGCGCUGCACCGGAUCGCUUCGUCACGUUAUCCGUUGUACUAGAUCAUGUUCGGUGCUUUAGAAUAAUUUCAGAGCAGUCGAUUUCUCCUUUCUUGUGGUUUGAUGGUCACUAACAGAAAGGGUUAUCUCUACCCCCCCCCCCCCUCCCUGAUACAUGUGUUCAUCAGAGGAGUUGUGAAUAUUGGAAUCUUUCUUCUUUUUUUUUUCGUGAAGUAGAUAAUUAAAUGGACAUUUUGGUUGAUUUUUAGCUCUUUCUGAUGCUUAAUGUUGCAUUUUUCUUUCAUGAACCACCCGCAGUAUUGCUAAUUAGCUACACGUUUCAGAAGCUCUAUAUUUUUGUCUCAUAGAACCAAAGAUAGAAGAGAUAGAGGAGACUCACAGCCCAGAGUUGGUGGUUUUUUUCUUAUUCAUUUUUUUUUAAAGGUGUAGAUGCUGAGGUGAUUCUUGCUGCUGACUCCGGGUCAGUCUGAAAAAUUUUAAGGAUUAUUAACCUUGGAAUUUGUAAAAUGCUUUGAUAUCCAGGCUGAAUUUGUUAUUCCCCCUCUCUUCGGGUGCAGUAUCAAACAUUUGCAUUGUGACUGUGGCCAAUCCUCAGCGUAAAGACAAGUAACCUAGUUGUGAUACACAUUCGCUCGCCUAUGCUACGGAGUUGUAUUCUUUCAGCAAUAAAGGAAUCAUAUUUUAUAGACAACUAUUAUGUCUUUUGGUUAUGUCUUCUGAGACAUUUAUUGUUCUGUAUCUAGAUGUUUGACUGUCGCCCCCCCCACCCUCGCCCCCACCCUCUGCACUAGCUCAAAGAUGGUGUGUGUCUCCUGCACUCAAAAAAACGAUUCAAGGCCUUCUUAGAGGUGACACAUUUAAAUAUUGUUUGAUACAUUUAAAUAAAUCAAUUACAAAAAUAGAUAUUUAUAUUUAAUGGGUGUAACACAACAUGUAUGAAUACUUUCAUUUAUUAGCUUUAUUUAGGUUAGAUGGUGUGCAUAUCAACUCAAAAUAAAUGUGUUUAAUUGGGGACUACCCUUUGCGCAUGCGCCAGCUGAAAAUCAGUUGUUUGCAUGAGGUGAACACAAAUUCAGGGCCGCACGGUGGUGUAGUGGCUAGCACUGUCGCCUCACAGCCAGAGGCCCGUGGGUUCAAUUCCCGGGCCGGGCGGUCCUUCUGUGUGGAGUUUGCAUGUUCUCCCCGUGGCAGCGUGGGUUCCCUCCGGGUUCUCUGGCUUCCUCCCACAGUCCAAAGACAUGCAGUCAGGUUAAUUGACCUCUAAAUUGCCCAAAGGUGCAUUGACUGUCUCUGUGCCCUGGAUGGACUGGCGGCCUGUCCAGGUGACCAACGUCAGCUGGGGUCGGCUCCAGCGCCCCGUGACCCUAAUGAGGAUAAGCGGUAUGGAAUAGAAUAUUUAAUUUCAAAUUUAUAUUUUGAGUUGGACAAACACAAAUUAAUUUAAUUUAAUGAAUAUCGUUAUUUUAUUUUAGAUGUAUUUGAUACAAAUGAGUUGGACUAACUUAAUUACAUUUUGUUGCACUGAUGUGCUAAAUUUUAGUUGGAGUUGCAUAUAAUUAUUGGAUGGAAAACCUGCCAACACUUUAAUUGAGUUCAUCCAAUGAGUCAUUUCUUUGAGUGUGGGAGAGGCAGAUGUGUGUGAGCAGGCACACUUUAUUUAUUUUGUGUAUAGUUGAGAUUCUCAUUUUAACUAAAAGUUCCCGAACGGCAGACUGGGUAAAUACAUUUCUUGACAAAAAUAAAUCUGCCAACAGAUAAUAUAUGAAUGUGUUUAAAGUGUGCAGAGAGAUUAAAUACUCAACUGGAAGAAAACAUGAAUGCUUUUAUUUCAUAAUAUUUUAAACAUGGUGCACACAAGGUGCUUGUGGUCAAUAUGAGUAUUACAACAACAAACACAAAAUCAUCCUGGCAAGAGACUUUACCCUUACACACACACACACACACGAUUGGGUAGUCUCAUUUUUUUAGGGGUCUGCGAUGUGUGUACAGUUCACUCUGGGUGUGUUUCCGUCUACCGGUUUGGAUUUUCAAUUUGCACAUAAAAAAAAAUCUAAUAUGACUGGCGUCCUUUUUGCUUUAGAGUGCUGCAUGAAUGGGUUUUCAAACAGGUUAGAGGUAUGUUUCUAUAUUUAGAGCUAUGUGUGUUAUAACAACCAGUCAGUCAGAGCUGUUUGUGUUAUAACAACCAACGUGUUAGUCAUUUACAAGAAUAAACAAAUGACUCUAAAUGAAAUGUGGGGCAAGUUAUGUUCAAAUAAUAAACUGUAAAAUAACA